AUGGAGCUCCUGUUAUUUCGGUUCUGUGCUUUUGCUGCAGCCGUGGCCAAAGCUCGGCAGGAAUGUGGAGGGGCUGGCAUCCUGGAGGCCGAGCUCACCUGCCCCAUCUGCCUGGAGCUGUACCGGGAGCCGAUGGCGCUGAGCUGCGGCCACAACUUCUGCCGGCUGUGCAUUGAGGAGGCGCUGUAUUCCCAGGCCGUCUGGACUUGCCCCACAUGCAUGGCCGACCUGGGUGUCACCUUGGAGCUACACAACAACUUCAAGCUGCGCAACAUCGUGGAGGCAUUUAAGGCCAUCGCUUCUAAAGCUCCAAGAAAGGCCAUCACCUCCACAGCUCGAAGAGAAAGCCUCCAGCAGGACGAAGGCUCCGAGAAGGGGAAGACGGACGUGGUUCCCUGUGAGCAGUGCCUGGAUGAGCCCCAGCCGGCCGUGAAGGCCUGCCUGAUUUGCGAGGUGUCCCUGUGCCAGGCCCACCUGAGCAAACACAACGUCAGGGAUUUCCAUCAGGAACACAUCCUGGUGGAGGUGGGAGCAGGCAAGGAGGAGGAGAGGAGGUGCCGGGAUCACGGCAAGCUGCUGGAAUGCUACUGCGUGAGGGAGAAAAAGUGCAUCUGCGUGCUCUGCUCCAUGGCCGGGGCCCACAAGGGCCACGAGGUCAUCACCAUGAAGGAGGGACACGACAAAGAGCUGGUUAAACUCUCCAGCAUCAUGACAGACCUGCGGGAAUCUAAAAGUGAUUUAGUUACUGCCCUAGAAGAGCUUCAGGAAGGGGAGAAUCAGAUCAAGAACAAUACCAAAACACUGACUUCUGACCUAAAAAAGCUGUUCAGAAGUAUAAAGGCAGAGCUUGGUAAGAAACAGACGAUGAUCCUGAGUGACAUUCGGUCUUACGAGGAAGCAGACCUGGCACUUGUCACCAAGGCAAGGAAGGAAAUGGAACAGAAGAGAGACCUGGCUGAGCAGAAUCUUCGGGCUUUGCAGAUGUUAAAAGAGCAACCAGAUAUUUUCCUCUUCUUCAGAGAUCUGAAAGUAGUCACAGACAGGAUUGUGAGUCUGGAUCUGGUCGCGGAGGAUGUGAAGGUGGAGGCAAUGCAGCUGAAUGACAGACUGAUGACCCAGUAUGAGACCCAGAAAAAGAAGUUUUUGUUGCAGCUGGACUAUCUGCUGGAUGACCUGCGUGAUCAAAAUCGCGUAGUAGAUGAAGAGGAGGAGGAAAGCAUUGUCAAGAAGGAACAACAUAUAUAGUUAUUGGAGAAUUUUGAUUCUCUUAGGUCCAGAUGUGACAACAUUGGACCAUGA